AUGGUAACCAGUGAAUCCAGUUCAGGUGUCCAAGCAUUGAAUGUCCACUGCAGAGAAAGCGAGCAGAAAGCACUUCUCAUGCUCAAAGAUGGUUUUCAUACUUCUUUGUAUCGUUUCUCUUCAUGGGUACCUGAACAAGAUUGCUGCAAAUGGAAAGGUGUUGGUUGCAACAAGGAAACAGGCAAUGUCAUCUCUCUUGAUCUCCACAGCCCGGAUCCUUCUGAGCUCUUGCAAGAAGUCCUUGACCUUUCCUACAAUGGCUUUUAUCAUUCUGAGAUUCCGAAUUGGUUGGUUGAGGUUAGCCAUACUCUUAGUCUUCUUAAUCUCACAACUUGCUCCUUGCAAGGUUCCAUUCCCCAUACCAUUGUGAAUUUUACAUCUCUUGUUGUGCUUGAUUUCUCAUUCAACCAUCUCAAGGGUACUAUUCCUCAUGGUUUUGGGAACAUGAUGACAUCUCUUGCUAUUCUGGAUCUCUCAUCCAAUGAUCUUGAAGGUCCAUUACCAGCAACCCUAGGUCUGACUGGGGAAUUGAGAGAACUCCAUCUUUCCAACAAUCUUCUGUUGAAUGGAUCUUUAGAAAGAAUCUUUCCUCAACUUUCAAAAUUAGUUGUCCUGGAUGUUGCUUGGAAUGAUUUGGAUGGUGUGAUCACUGAAGCUCAUUUACAGAAUUUUUGUAGAUUGCGGGUGCUUGAUUUGUCAUUCAACAGGUUAAUUUUAAACGUGAGCUCAAACUGGAUUCCUGAUUUUCAAGUCGAGGUCAUAAAUUUGAGAAAUUGCGAAAUGGGCCCAAGAUUUCCCCAGUGGCUACAAAACCAAAAGAGAAUUUUGAAACUUUAUAUUUCUAACCCAAGUAUAUCAGACACUGUACCUGAUUGGUUUUGGAAUAUUUCUCCAUCGAUGGAGUAUUUGGAUCUUUCUCACAACCAUCUUACAGGGGAAUUACCUGAUUUAUCAUCAAAAGCGAGUUUGUUGACACUGGAUUUACGUGAAAAUGAAUUCGAAGGUCAUCUACCUCAGUUCCCCCCAACAAUAGAAAUGCUAUUCUUAAACAACAAUCAAUUUUCAGGACCAAUUUCUCCCAUAUGUGAUAUGAUGAAUGAAAGUAAUGCAUUACGUCACAGAAAUAAUCUUUCUGGAAACCUUCCAGAUUGUUGGAUAUAUGGGCAAAAUUUAGUUUAUCUUCAGUUAAGAUUCAACCAAUUGUCUGGUCAAAUCCCAGAGUCAAUUGGCCGUCUAAUUAAUCUCAAAUGGUUGUUUUUGAGUUAUAAUAGCUUGUCUGGAGUGAUACCGCAAUCCUUGCAGAACUGCAAAAGUUUGAUUCUCCUGGCUCUUGGGAACAAUUCAUUAUUUGGGAGCAUACCGACAUGGCUAGGGGAAAGUUUAGAGAAUUUGCAGCAGAUUUCGUUACAUGACAAUGCUUUUGAAGGAAAUAUACCAGUGCAACUUUGUCAACUGAGACACCUACAUUACUUGGACUUCUCUUUCAAUUCACUAUCAGGACCAAUUCCACUAUGCAUCGAUAAUUUUCUUCCAAUGGCUGAGAAAGAAGUUGAAAAUGUCAAAGAAGAUUAUUCAAUAUAUACAAAUGAUGAACUAAAACGCCGAAUGUGGAAGUCACGAGGUAGGUAUUUCUCCAGCAAGAAAAUGGAUCUUUCACAUAACAUGCUAAGCGGGGAGAUCCCAAGACAAGUUACCACCCUAAUUGGAUUGACGCAUCUGAAUCUUUCCAACAAUUAUCUGAAGGGACCUAUUCCUUGCGAUAUUGGAGCCAUGAAAUCCUUAAAAUAUCUAAAUUUAUCAAGCAACCAGCUUUCUGGCACCAUUCCUCCCAGCAUUUCUCAUCUAACUCGUCUUGAAGGAUUGAAUUUGUCAUAUAACAAUUUGUCUGGUAAAGUUCCCUCACCUAAUAAUUUUAGUGCAUAUGCAUUCAUCGGAAAUCAUAACUUGUGUGGUCCUCCACUUGCAAAGAAUUGCUCUGCAAAUGAAUCACCGGAAAAAACAGAAUGCAGGAGUGACAGGAAAUCAAAAGGCCAAAAUGAUGGAGUUCAAGAAAAGGAACAUAGGCACGGAUUCAAGCCUUUCAAGGAGAAGCCUUCAUUCUACAUCAGUGUGGCUGGUGGAUUUUUUACAGGGUUUUGGGGAUUUUGGGCUACUUUAUUCUUCAACGAGUCAUGGAGGAAUGCCUACUUCCGUUUCUUGGGCAACAUGGGUGACAGAAUUUAUUUAUUUGUGGUGGUGACCACAGCUAGGCUGCGAAGGAAAUUUCAGAGGAAACAAGCUGUGGAGUAA